CUCGAUCUCCCCUCGACCUGCACCGUGAGCCAGCUGUCCGCGUUCGACCGCACGCCCACCUCCCACCUCCCCUUCUCCACCUCCCCCUCGGAGCCAUUCGACGCCCCCAAGCUCCCUUCGGGCCUGAACGCCACCGCGGGAGAGCAAUGGGCAUUUGACGGGACGUCAUCGUCCGGCCGCAGCGGCCUCCUGCUGGGCAUCUACCGGGACGCGUCGUAUGCGUUCCUGGGGCCAGGCAACCUGCGGCUCUCGCUGGAUCUGGUCUGGGACAACGGCACCACCUGGUCGACGGUCGACUACCUCUCCACGUCGACGGUGCACACCUGCCCCGACCAAGUAGUCGGCAUCUGGUCGCACUCUGCCGACCACUACUACGUGUUCACUGUGACCGCCGACGCCAAGCAACAGCAACAGCACCAGCACCAGCACCAGCACGCGCGCAUCCACAUCCGCACCCCCGACGUGAGCGGCGCCGUCACCCUGCACAGCACCACCCCCGCGCGCUACCCGGACGGCGGGCUCUUCCCGUCUGACUCCGAGGUAUCCUCAACGCAGAACGCCCCCAUGUUGCACUGGGUCGAGCCCAUCCCCGGCGGCUUGAUCGACGUCGAUCUGAAAGUCAACGGCGUCCCGUUCCGGUGGACCGGCCUCGGUGGGCACGAGCGCUGGUGGUCCGCGAAGGGGUGGUUGGACAUCAUGACGCAUUGGGAGGCCGUCCGGCUGAUGGCCGGGCCCUACGUGCUGAGCUUCUGGCAGCCCACCUCCCGCGUCGACGGGGUGGUGUAUCCGUCCGCGUUCUUGACCAAGUACGGCGAGAGGGUGGUUUCGGCGGUGUGCGGCGAGGUGUCGGAGGUGGAGGACUAUAUUCUGUAUCGUCCGGUGAGGGGGGAGGGCCAGGAGAGGGAGAGGGAGACGGAGACGGAGACGGGGUAUGAGGUCGAGUUGGUCUCUCCGGGGCAAGGCAGGAGGUGGGUGUUCGGGUUGGAGUAUCGCAAUCAGGAGUUUGAGUUUGAGUUGGGCGAGACGGCGGGGGGCAGGGCGUAUGUGGGCAGGGCGAAGGGUGGGGAAGUU